UCUGUCACUUACUUUCCAUAUAACUACCCCUCAAAAACGGCACGCCACCCGGACGGACUCUCGUCCUGUUGUCAAACUACCCAACCUUACCUGCCUACCCUACUACCCGUAAGGCCACAGGUCACAACUCACAAAGCCUACGUCUCUCUCAUCGAGACCUGGCCUGGCUCAACUGGCCAACCUCCUCCUGCCAAGACUGUCAGAAAACAGAGUUGGUUGGGACUUAGAAAGGAGAGAGAGAGACACACACAGAGAGAAAGGCAUCCGUCAGCUUCAUCCAAUUUGGACGCUGUCGUCAUUUCACCAAGAACAACCGACUGCACCGUAUUUGUUCCUUAGUGUUACAGACAAGAGAAGGAACACGCACCGUUUCACACGAGAGUUCCUCCCUCUCGCCGUCCAUCUAUUUCUCUCGUCCUCGUCAACUCUUGGCCUUUUUUUACGCCGCAUCCUCAACUCACGCCCUAGGUUCUAACGGUCCGAACCCAGCCAGGGUUGCCAUAAAGUGGUCUGACCUUUGCUGUGGGCUUUGCCCCGUUGCCAAACGAGGGAAAAAGGGAGAGGGAAACCCCCUCCCAAUUGAGACAAACUCCGCCGCCAACAUCUCCUAGGGUUCGGGUUCAUCUCACCGUUCCGUUUCCCGCGACGGUGUUCCAGUUAUCUAAUUACCUUUCCAAGGCACCACAACAACACGUCCCGCCUGACUUGGACCUUGAGCCCAGCAGAACCAGGAUCGUUGUUCUCCUCACUGACGUCAGUGUCGCUUGCUUUCACCUCGAUCGGGCCUCGAUCCCUGGGCGGCCCUUGUUCAUUAUUUUCACUCUCCUCUGCCAGGUUUUUAUUUCAUCUUUUUUUUAAUCUGGGACUCGUGCACCUUGUUGGAUGCCAACCUACCCCGAUAGUGCUGCCCCAAGCGCAUCGCACCAGCUUUUCCCGUCGCAAUGUCUACAGCAAGCACCACAACGACGGGCAAUGAGUCGCCCCUCGACGACGAUGCCUCUCACCGUGCAGACCAUCUCCUCGACCGUCGCCGUCAGCUGACCGACGCGCUGACCAAUCUCCCCUACGACCUGAUUCUCUACCUCGAGCGCGCCGUCGUUCACUCGGAGCUGGCGUACCCCGACCUCGCCGCCGGUGACGCCUACCGUGCUCUGCUUCUGACAGAUGAGGUCCUAAACGAGGGCUUCGAGUACCACGACCAAGCCGUCGAGAGUCUCCAGUCACGCCCUCUCGACCCUCUGCCCCUAGUCUUAGACCACGGCCACCUGCUGAAGAUCGGAAGCGACUACGUCGAAGAUGAGCCAAAGAACCAGGCAGGCCUGGUGGUGCAAGUCGCCAAGCUGUCCUCUGUGCGCGCCUUCCAGAUCCUGUCCCUCAGCCUGCUGCUGUGCGGUUGUUUGAAGAGCGCCUACGAGUUUUGCGAGCGAGGCUUGGCCCUGGCUCCUGACAAUGAUGAGCUGCUCCAGACCAUGGGCUAUAUCAAGGACAUGGCCCGCCGGAGACUUCGCAGGAAAGAUUUCAACCCCAACGUCCUGCCGGAAUGGGGGCUUGUCCGGAGGGAGGUUUACCCCUGGAACUCGUACGAACCGGACCGCUUCGCCCCCGAGUCUCUCGACUUCCUGAACUCGGAACUGGCCAAGUUUGCGCCCAAAUGCGUCGUCCAGGCGUCCGAGCUCCCCGUCCUGCUCGAGGCAGCCAGCGACACAGAUGACUACGACAUCAUACCCACUUGCAAGCAGCUGGGCCUUUUCGUUAAGGAUGAUGUGGCGCCGGGGGAGACCGUCUUGGACGAGUACUCGCUCCUGACGGCCAACAACCGCCUCAAGGAGCCCGUCUGCGACGCGUGCAGUUCCGAUCUGCCGCCCUUGGGCACUGAGCCCGCCGCCGUCAACUGCGAUGAGUGCUACGAUACUGUCUUUUGCAGCCAAAAGUGCCACGACUUGGCGCAGGAAACCUACCAUCCUGCUGUCUGCGACAAGGACGUUGACGCCAUUGCAAAGGACCCCGACGCCUCAGAAGCGGACGAGACCUUGCACCUAUUGCUGCUCGCCCGUGUCCUGGCCAUGUCCAACCAUCAGGAGAUUCACCCCCUGGAUGUUAUGCAGAUCAAGUACAUCUGGGGCGACUUCGUGCCCUCGGCAUCCAACGACAUCGAGAUCUCGCCCUCUGCGAACCCGCCACCGGAAUGGACGUUGCCCUUUUCGUUCAAGUACAACGUCGAGACGCCCCUGCACAUCCUCGAGAAGAUGGAUGUGGACAUCUACACCACACUCGACGAGCACGACUUGUGGGUCCUGAAUACCCUUUACAGCAAAUUCCGCGGCACGGCGUCGGCGCGCAAGAACCCUCGAGACGGCCGGCCAGACGUUGCGGCGGUACAUCCUUUUUGGUGUCUUGCCAACCACGACUGCAAUCCGAAUGUUACAUGGGAGUGGGGUGGACGAAUGUUGCUCUGGGCACGGAAAGAGAAGAUCGUGGGCAAUGUCCCGGGAGGACUCAAGGCCGGGGACGAGGUGUUAAACCAUUACUGCGACAUCUCGCUCCCGGUCGAACAGAGAAGAGAAUGGGCCAAGGGAAGUCUUGGUGGAUGGUGCAUGUGUCAACGCUGCCGAGACGAAGCCGCCGCCGCCAGCGAUCAUGCUGCCGACGACGGUACUGCUGCCGAGGAACACGUUGCCUGAUUUCUCUCUCUCGCUAUCGAACUCUGACCAUCAGGGAGGGGGGCUUGCUUGCCAUGCACUUUUCGAACUUUCCGCGCUUUCAGCCGACGAAUUUAACACGUCGGGAACCCCUUGCGAUUAGCGAGCGAUUUGCGGGACUAGAGAAACAUACCAAAUCUUAGAUAUCAUGGGGAGGUCUAGGGUCUUUUUUAUCAUGUUCUUUUUCUUUCUUUUGGGUUGGAGCAACAAAAGGCAACAUUAUGCUCGGUCGGUCAGUCACCUUUGGGUAUUGCGUUGUACACGAGGAGCCGUCUCCGAGGCUUGACUCGAAAGACUAUGGCAUAGGUACCUGGGAAAGGCGGUGGGAAAUGGGAGGGGGAGGGGUUUGCCCCCGGGAAGAGGAAGCAUACACGACAAAACUAAAUCGCGAAACAUGCUUGAUUUUUGUUUUCCUUUUUUUUAUACCGCUCUCCAAUUCUUAUGUGGACGGUUUCUGGGGUCUGUUCCAGGUAUUGCUCUUGCUAACCGGACUCUGUAUACCAUCCAUCGUCAACGGCCGCGUCACC